ACAUUCACCACACACAUUCACUUACGGCUUCGCUUCAGAGUGUGUUCGAAGCUUCGCCGAGGUCACCCAUAUCGCACUGGCUUGUGUACGAAGCGAUUAAGCCUCUUCUACUGCGUUCCCAUAGCCAAUAUCAAAUACAGUCCGGCUUCUCCACCUCGCGUUCUAGGCGCGUCGUGGACGAGCUUCCUUCUGCAGCGUCCUUCCAAACACCACCUCUCGGGUCCCUAUCCACGAUGGAAGGCAGCAACAGCGAGGAUAUGACGCGUUCAAGCUCCACUGACUCGUCUGCUUUGUCCAACAUCAAUGUUGCCGUGGCCGACGAUGUGGAGGAGGGCAACUCGGACCAGGUCUCGCCUACCAGUGCCUCGACACCGCCCACGAGCAUGCCAGACACGGGCAGUGUGGAUUCAGGCACUAAGCGGGUCAAGCUGGAGCCAGUCCACGAAGAGGCAAGCUCGGGACGGCCGAAGCGCGUAAGGUCGAGUAUAUCUACGUAUAACCUCAAGGCACUCUCGGAUGCUCAACAUGCGGCUGCAGAUAGCGGAAGUCGUAACGUCUCGGGCUUGACAGGAAAGACGCUCGUUGCGGGUGAGCCAGUUGAGCAACAACAAAAGACAAGUAAAGCACUCAACCUCGACUGGGAGUCUCCGGCCGAGUCUACGUCAGAUGGCUCGCCUAGUAAGCUGCAACGAAAGCCGAGUGUUAAGGACCGGCUGAAGAAAGUGGCGGACAAGGUGGGUUCGGUGCUGGGCAAGCGAGGACGUGGCAUGGUAGAUGCUGGGAAGCGUACUCUCGGAAUGAAGAGUCCAGAGACCGAAGUAGAUGGAGAGCAGGAUGCAGAGGAUGACGAAGAAGAAGAGGAAGAACUGCCACGCUGGAAGAAGGAGCUCGACAUGGGCCCUAGAGGACUGCUUGAUGAGAUCGACCUCGACGCGGAAAUGGACUUACCACCUCCACCCGCGAAGAAGACUCGAUUGAGUCGUAAAGUAGUCCUGAAGGAGCUCUCUCAAGCGCGAGCAGCCUCAAUACCAAGCUCGAGGGCGUCAGCUUCCGGAAGGAAGACAAAGACUUGGCAGAAAGAAGGACUCUUCGUAGGGCAGAAUUCGAACUCCGACCCAACCCAACCAACUGGCCACAAGAAGUUGCAGAAGAAGAGACCUGGAUCGUCUUCCUCUGAGGCCUCGAGCACGGCCACGGCCACCAACAGGGCCACCUUUCUGCCGCUGCCGAUGUAUGGUUACUUGGAGAAGACUCGCCCAUUCGCCAUCCCCUUCGACGUCUUCGCGCCGUCGUGGAUGAAGGGUGACGAAAAGCCCAAGGACUGGCACCAAAUCAACCGGAACCGGCUUGUGGGCGAAGCCAAAGAUCUGUGGGAACGCUCUGCGAAGCUGCCAGCCUCAGUUUGCGUUUGCUCUCCACCAGCAGAAGGCGAAAUGGGCUGCGACGACCACUGCCUCAAUCGGGUGAUGCAAUACGAAUGCAAUGACGAGAACUGCAACCUCACCGCGUUCGAAUGCGGCAAUCGCUCCUUCGCCGAGCUCGCCAUCCGCAUGAAGAAAGGCGGCGCCUACGAUAUCGGCGUUGAAGUCCUCAAGACACCCAAUCGAGGGUUUGGCGUAAGGUCGUGUCGUACUUUCACCCCGGGUCAGAUCAUCAUGGAGUACACGGGCGAGAUUAUAUCUGAAGGCGAGUGCCAGCGCCGCAUGCGCGAAGACUACAAAGACAAGCAAUGCUACUACCUCAUGGAGUUGGAACGCGGCCUCAUCAUCGACGGUACCAAGGGCUCCAUGGCGCGCUUCAUCAACCAUUCCUGCGCACCCAAUUGUGAGGUACGUAUGCUCAAGGUCAAUGGGACGCCGAGGAUGGGCGUCUUUGCGGGUGAAGGUGGCGUCUCUACGGGCGAGGAACUGACGUACGAUUACAACUUCGACAACUUCGGUACGACACGGCAGGCGUGCUAUUGUGGGGCAGCUACUUGUCGCGGGUUCUUGAGUAAACGUUUGAACAAGGAGGAGCUGAAGAAAGCGAUCAAGGAGGAGACUGAGCGGAAGCGGAAGGCUGCUGUGGAGGCGGAGACGCACGCGGAGGAGGAGCAGAGGAGGAAGAAGGUCAAGACUGAACGUGGUGGUGGUUGGAGAGGGUGGGUUGCGGUGGACGAUCCGGAGGUGAAGGAGCGGUUGAAGGCGGAGAAGAAGGAAAGAGAGGAGGCUGCGAAGAGCAGUGACCGGGCGAGGCGGUUGGCCGCAAGAGGUAGCGGUGUCGCGGGGAGAACGCCAUUGCUAAAAAUGGUAUCCAUCAAGCGGAAGAAGGCGGCGGAGACGGUUGUCGACAAGGCCGAGGAAGACGAGGACGAGGUUCAGGUUGUGGAAAGCGGCCAGCAGUCUGUCUCUGUCGCCACGAGCUUGGACGUUACGGAGGAGCUCACGACGCCAUGGCCUGCUACCGCGCGUAGUGUGAGUGCGUCCAUGAUCACACGCAAAACUGAGAUUACGAUUAUGGAGACGGAGACGGAGGUCAAGCACUUCGCCGAUACUAAAGUGGGCGAUGCUGUGACUGCGGUGGUGGAUGAUGCGCAGUUUGAAGUUGAGAAGAAGAAGCCAAGAAACGAUGUGGCUGAUGCCAUGAAGCAGGCUGUUAAGGGCUUGAUAAAUGGAAAGAUGAAGCAGAGCACGCUGAGUUUCGCGAGGGUUUGUAGGGGCUAAGGAUGGACUGAGAGGUGGGACCGGCGGUAGCUCGACCUAGUAGGUCGGAUUGCUGGCGUUGGCGAGGCGACUCGACGCCAUGUCGAUGACGCGAACUUCCGCAGUUUUCGCCUUUGAUGCUUGCAGCAGAGUAGCUUAGGUUGAAAGCAGCGAGCACGUUCCUCCCACUUGUACGCGAGGGCAGAUAAGAAGCCUGGUUCGCGGAAACCAGCAUUGCGUUCUCCAUCGCGCCCGAUCGUUCUGGUCAACGCACUCUCGGGGCCAGUAUCACCAUACAAGACCUCGG